AUGACGGGUCGAAUUCAACAAGAGGGCGAUUCGAGCGAGAUUCGAGGCGAAGAUGACGAGAAAUUCGAUUUCAAGUUCCGGUUUGAGAAAGUGUUUGCCUGUUAUGUGAUCCCGUGCCUUCACUCGUCUUUUAUUCUCUACAUCAUGGCUGCAGCCACAAUGCGGGUGCCUACCUCGAUCUACACAAUUGCCAUCAUGGCCUUUGUGGUGUGUGACCUUUUGGCCUGGGCGGGGACAACGUUGGGUCUUCACUUGUGUGCGCCGAGUUUCUUCGAGACGUUACUUCAGAGAGGAAUGACUAAAAAGCUUUACGUUUGGAAGGGAAUUUCAAUGGCCUUCGAAAUCUUGAUUCUACUCAUGCUCGUUCUUGUAGAAGUCAUCAAAAAAGAACGCGUGAUCGAUUGCAUUUGCGUGUGUGCGGCCGUGUUUCUGUUCUCGGGGGUGCUUGGAACGAUUUUCAUCAAAAAUUUCAACAUGACACUGGAAAAAAUCAACAUCGAAAUGCAGGAGAAAAGUGCCCUUCACGAAGCUCCAAGCGUUGGCGUUAGCGGCUAUCAGUGGAGCGCCUCACAAAUUGACACCGAUCUCACCCAACCGAGUGUACCCGAGUUCAUCGAUUUUGACGGUCCAGCAUCAAAUCCGGUCGCUCCAUUUGCAUCGCCCAACUCGAGAACUCGUCCGAUUGAGGCUCAUCACUCGAGAAACAAAAUGCCUUAUAAAAACGAGAAGCUGUUGAGCGACGCAAAAGAAGGAAAUUUCAGUCCUACCGGAAAUGCGGCUCCUCCCAAUCAUCCCCUCGGUGCCCCAGCAGCUCCGCUUUCAGAAAUUAUGAGCGAAUCUCCGCCGAAAGCAGAUGCACCCUUGUACGUGCAAAAUGAGACUCGACGCGUCUCCUCAGAUCCUCGUCCACCAUUUGAUCGAAACGACAGCCUCCCACCACCCAACUUUUCGUCAGAAUCCGAUUAUCAACAACAAUCGAACCACUCAACUGAUGUUCACUAUUUGUCGAAUGGCGCUUUUCAUCAAGUCCCUCCACCAAUGCUCGCCUUUACACCACCUGAAACCCGUUUCCGUGCUCCAUCCGAUGAUGCGAAUAGCAACUUCAUUAGUGAAAGCUCGUACAGCAAUCAUCGAAUG